AUGAAAAAAUAUAAUAUUGUUUUAUUUAAAGAUAUACCAAAAGUUUUAUUAGAUAAAUUAAACUCACGUUUCAAUGUUGAACAGUUUAAAGUUGUCGAUAAAAAUAAUUUAGAAUUGUUUAAUAACAAGGUAAUGAAAUCAGAUGCAAUCAUUGGAGCAAAUUGGCCAAUAUCAACUGCGCUAGUAGAGAAAUCACCAUCAUUAAAAGCAAUCUCAGCAUUAACUGUAGGCUAUGAUGCAUAUCCAUUGGAAAUAUUAAAUAAAAGGGGUAUUGCAUUGAUGAAUACACCAAAUGUAUUAUCAGAUUCAUUGGCUGAUAUGGCAAUUGGUUUGAUGUUAUCAUCUGCCAGAAGAAUUGUAACAAGUAAUGAAAGAGUCAAGAACGGAGAAUGGGUACAUGGCGUUGGCGAUUCGGUCACCUCCAAUUGGUUUGGUGAAGAGGUCCAUCAUAAAAAAGUGGGCAUUGUAGGAUGUGGUAGAAUUGGUGAAAUUGUCGCUAAACGUUGCUUUGGUUUUGAUAUGGAUAUUAGUUAUUACACAAGAACUAGACAUCCAUCUGUCGAAGAGAACUACAAUGCUAAACAUGCAUCAUUGGAACAAAUAAUCAAAGAAUCUGAUUUCAUUAUCAAUUUAUUACCAUUAAGUAAAGAAACAGAACAUCUCUUCACAUACGAACAAUUUAAACAAAUGAAAAGAACAGCUCAUUUUAUUAAUGUGGGUAGAGGUAAAACAGUUAAAGAAGAUGAUUUAGAAAGAGUAUUACAAGAAAAGUUAGUUGCUGGUAUUGCAUUAGAUGUUUUUGAAAAAGAGCCUCUUCCAAAGCAAUCACCAUUAAUGAACCACACCUCAUGUAUUUUAUCUCCCCAUGCAGGUAAUGCCACAAAAGAAACAAACUAUUUAAUUGCAGAGUUGGCCGUCAACAAUUUAAUUAAUGCUUUGGAUGGAUCAAGUUUCGAUAAUUGUGUCAAUUUUAAAGAUAUUAAAGAUAAAAGUCCAUUGAUUAAUAAUAAAAACAAAGGUGCUUAA